ACCAAAAAGAAUGCUUAAAUUUUGUGUAAAGGGUAAAUUUAGUUAAAAACUGUUGAUUUUCAGGGAUUACCAGCCAGUGCAAACCAGCUUUUCUUGAAGAAAAUAACAAAAAAGUAUAAAUACAAAUCAAGAUUUAAAGUUGUUAUUUAAAUCAAGGUUUCCUGCUUCUGAAUUAAAUCAAUCCACGCUAUUGGUGAGGGGCUCUUCUUUCCCUUUUAAAUGUUUUUGUUUAUAUUGUAGGUUGGGUGUAGGGCUUAGAUGUCUUUGACUCACAGUCCUUUUAGAAAUGUUUAUUAUAAAGCAGCAUCCACCACUUGUAAAACCAAUUAGCAACAUAUCAGGUUUUAAAGAGAAAUAACCCUGGCCCAAACUCACUGUUGGUAUAAGUGAGCAUAAUACCACUGAUUUACGCAGCCUUCAAAAUUAUAAUAGUAACAAAACCAUUCACUGCAAACUCCACAACCUGCUUGGCCUUGUAUCUUUAACUAUCCAACUUGGUCAUCAUCUAUAUGAGAAAAAAUCAGCAUGCAGUAAUGAUACUAUUAUUUAAGUUUAAACUCUAUUCAAGGAUGUUCAAAACUGGGAUGUGUUUUAGGGGUUAGAGCUGGAGUGAGGACUCCCCGGGUCUGUUCUUGGCUCUGCCUCUGAUUCAUUGACUGAUAUGGUACAAAUUACUUAGCCAUUUUCUUCUGCAAUUUACCCAUCUGUAAAAGGAAUAAAAUACAUGCCUACCUGACAGUGGAAUCCUAUCUCAAAAAAAUCUGCUGAUUUUUAUACCAUGUUUAAUUUAUGUGUGGAACUCACUGCCAACAACAUAUCACUGAUGCCAAGUACUUAGGAUUCAAAAGAUUGCACUUUUAUGUGGAUAAGAACAUUCGUAAUUAUAUAAGGUAGGAUAAAAGUUUUAGGACAUCCACCAUCACCCUUUAGAGCAUAAGCCAACCACUAAGGUUAAGAAGAAACUCUUCCCCCUUGGCAGGUUAUUACAUAAUUUUCCAUUGUGGUAUUCCUUGCGCUCUCUUCUGACCAUCUGGUACUGGCCAUUUAUGUGCACCAGACAUGAUACCAGAAUAAUGGAACAAUAGUCUGGAAUGGUAUGGCAAUUCCUAUAUUCCUUAUUUAAUUGUUUUCACAGUACAUAGAUAUCUUUGGGUGCUAUAGUCACACUUAUUGAAGUAUGACUUCCUUUUUAUUACAAAAAGUACAGUGAUUUGUUUAAAGAAUGUUUCCAGUGUGACCUUUACUUUUAAAUGGUGCCUAAAAAUCAUUACACACAACUUUUAAGAAAAUCAACAUAGGGACUUUUACUGUGUAUAUUGAUGCUUCUAGUGAGCUGUCAUUUUACUCAACUGGAAAGCCCCCCUCCCACAGAAAGAUAGGAAAGUGAUUUUUUGUGUAUUCUCCUCAGGUUCCCUGUUGACAAUCCCAAGACUCCACAUGUAUGGCUGCUCAGAUCCCCCCCACUCCCAAUUUCAGAUGUUGAAUCAAUAGGAGGCCUUGUAACUCCAAAGCUAAGGAGUCCCAUGGAGUUUCAAUUCCUGACAAUAAGUGCCACGUGAGGAAAGUUUUCUGCAGUGUUGUGGAUGGUUUUGUGGUUCAGGCAUCAGAAUAGGAUUCAGGAGAUAUGACCUUGAGCAAAUCACCUUUCUUUACUUGUUCCUCAUUUGCAAAAUGGAGAUUAUAGUAAUUUGCUGCCUCACGAGAGUACUGUGUGUAUAAAUUUGUUAAUAUCUGUGAGAUAUAAAAUGUCACUUUUUGAGCAUAGUGCAUACAAGGCAAACAGCAUUAAGACUGGAAAAAAUAUCAUAAUGACUGUUACGUAUUGACAGUCUGUGUGGCUUUGCAGAGUGUAAACUGACAACCUAGAAGGUAAUGAGACUGCAGUAGCACUUUCAAACUGUCCUCUGCAGAAAGUCAAAAUCGAAGAGUUGGUUGCUGAUCUGCAGCUGGUUUGUCGAUUAUCUGUGAGUCUAUUUUAGUUCUCAACCCAUGGAAUCCUAACCAGCGGAUACAAGAAAAAAAAAUAUUAGUGCAGAUUCCAGCUUUGGCUCACUUGUACUUCCCCACUAUACAGAAAAUGAUGACAUGACAGCGACUCUCCCAUGGUGCCCUUCAAAUAAUAACAAAGGGACUUGUCCUAUGCAAUACUGUCACAUACUUAUGCAGGGAUAUGAGCUGCUGGCUACAGAGCUUCGUUUGUACCAGGCGCGUUCAUCCGUGUGCUCUGCCCAGCAGGGCUGAACUUCGUUUAAAUAAAGUCUUUUAUACACAGCGCCCCCUGGUGGGUGAACAGUAGAAGACAGUUUAACUUUCCAUGGCACAAGUCCCACUGAAAUGCCACCCCAGGCUGGCUGGGGUGCGGGGGAGGGGAGGCGCUGUUCUGAGAGGGGGAACCUGCUGCCCCCCAUCACGUCACAUCAGGUUUAGGGCAGUUCUCCAAGCCUCUCACCAGACCCAUCCCUUAUGUUUAGGGGCGGGGGGUGAGGCUCAGAGUCGGUCUCUGGGGAGCGAGGUUUGUGCUGAGCGUUUCAGGGGGGCAUUUUCCCGCCCCCAGCUUCCGAGCUCCUGGGCCAGGACCAGCAGCUCGCUCCGGGCGGGCGGGUCGUCCGCCCCCCCGCGGGCUCUUUAAAAGAAGCGGAACGGCCCCGCGGCGCCUCUGUUGUAGUGGGGGCAGAUUUCAUCGCCGCACGGCGGGUCCAUCGCGCGGAGCGUCCGCCGGCUGCCGAAUCCCUCCCGGCUCGUGUCUCUGCCGCGCUCGCCAUGGACGCGUUAGCGGCCGAGCUGGGGACUCUGACCGCGGAGCAGGCGGCGGCUCCCGUGAACACGGUAGAGGAAAAAUGGAGGCUUCUUCCAGCUUUUCUAAAGGUGAAAGGACUUGUGAAGCAGCACAUAGACUCAUUCAACUAUUUCAUCAAUGUAGAGAUAAAGAAAAUCAUGAAAGCCAAUGAAAAAGUCACAAGUGAUGCUGACCCAAUGUGGUAUUUGAAAUACCUCAAUAUCUAUGUGGGAGUUCCAGAUGUUGAAGAAAGCUUUAAUGUAACAAGACCUGUGUCUCCUCAUGAGUGUCGCUUGAGAGAUAUGACCUACUCUGCCCCAAUUACAGUGGACAUUGAGUACACUAGAGGUAGCCAGAGGAUUAUUCGCAAUGCAUUACCCAUUGGCAGAAUGCCUAUAAUGCUGCGCAGCUCCAAUUGUGUUCUUACUGGGAAAACUCCAGCAGAGUUUGCCAAACUUAAUGAAUGCCCUUUAGAUCCAGGUGGCUAUUUCAUUGUCAAAGGUGUAGAGAAAGUCAUUCUUAUUCAAGAGCAGUUAUCCAAAAACAGGAUCAUUGUGGAAGCUGAUAGAAAAGGGACAGUUGGCGCUUCUGUUACCAGUUCCACUCAUGAGAAGAAGAGCAGAACAAAUAUGAUUGUGAAACAAGGAAGAUUUUACCUGAGGCAUAACACUCUGUCAGAAGAUAUUCCCAUUGCUAUUAUAUUUAAGGCCAUGGGUGUCGAGAGUGACCAAGAGAUUGUGCAGAUGAUUGGUACAGAAGAGCACGUGAUGGCUGCAUUUGGUCCCAGUUUGGAAGAAUGCCAAAAAGCUCAGAUUUUUACACAGAUGCAGGCAUUAAAGUACAUAGGAAACAAGGUACGAAGGCAGAGGAUGUGGGGAGGCCCAAAGAAAACGAAGAUGGAGGAAGCACGAGAGCUGCUAGCAUCAACCAUCCUGACACAUGUUCCUGUAAAAGAAUUUCAUUUCCGUGCCAAGUGCAUCUACACAGCAGUGAUGGUCCGCAGGGUUAUUCUGGCCCAAGGAGAAAACAAAGUAGAUGACAGAGACUAUUAUGGAAACAAGCGAUUGGAAUUGGCUGGGCAGCUUCUUUCCCUUCUCUUUGAAGAUUUGUUCAAAAAAUUUAACUCUGAAAUGAAAAAGAUUGCUGAUCAGGUAAUUCCAAAGCAGAGAGCAGCCCAGUUUGAUGUAGUGAAGCAUAUGCGUCAAGAUCAGAUCACCAAUGGCAUGGUAAAUGCCAUCUCUACUGGAAAUUGGUCACUGAAAAGAUUCAAAAUGGACCGCCAAGGUGUGACACAGGUAUUGUCCCGCUUGUCUUAUAUAUCUGCUCUGGGAAUGAUGACAAGAAUCUCUUCUCAGUUUGAAAAGACAAGAAAAGUGAGUGGCCCCCGAUCUCUUCAGCCAUCUCAGUGGGGUAUGCUUUGCCCAUCAGACACUCCUGAAGGAGAGGCUUGUGGUUUGGUUAAAAACCUAGCUCUGAUGACUCACAUUACUACUGAUAUGGAAGAUGGCCCGAUUAUUAAAUUAGCCAGUAACCUUGGAGUAGAAGAUGUAAACUUACUAUGUGGAGAAGAACUUUCAUAUCCAAAUGUGUUCCUUGUCUUCCUUAAUGGUAACAUCCUGGGUGUCAUUCGAGACCAUCCGAAACUAGUUCACACGUUUCGGCUAAUGCGGCGAGCAGGUUAUAUCAAUGAAUUUGUUUCAAUCUCCACGAAUCUUGCUGACAGAUGUGUCUACAUUUCCUCUGAUGGAGGAAGACUGUGCAGACCCUACAUAAUUGUAAAGAAGCAAAAACCUGCAGUUACAGACAAGCAUAUGGAAGAACUUGUUCAGGGAUACAGGAAUUUUGAAGAUUUUUUGCAUGAAGGCCUAGUUGAAUAUUUGGACGUAAAUGAGGAAAAUGACUGCAACAUUGCACUGUAUGAACAUACAAUUACUAAAGAUACAACACACUUGGAGAUUGAACCUUUCACACUUCUUGGCGUCUGUGCUGGGCUUAUUCCAUAUCCUCACCAUAACCAGUCCCCAAGAAACACUUACCAGUGUGCUAUGGGGAAGCAAGCAAUGGGUACCAUUGGAUACAAUCAACGGAACAGAAUCGAUACUCUUAUGUAUCUGUUAGCAUAUCCACAAAGGCCAAUGGUUAAAACAAAAACCAUUGAACUGAUAGAGUUUGAGAAACUGCCAGCUGGACAGAAUGCCACAGUUGCUGUGAUGAGCUACAGUGGUUAUGAUAUUGAAGAUGCUCUUGUCUUAAACAAGGCUUCCUUGGACAGAGGAUUUGGAAGGUGUCUUGUGUAUAAGAAUGCCAAGUGUACACUGAAGCGCUACACAAAUCAGACAUUCGACAAAGUGAUGGGUCCAAUGUUGGAUGCAGCUACACGUAAACCAAUUUGGCGUCAUGAAAUUUUAGAUGCUGAUGGUAUUUGCUCUCCAGGUGAAAAGGUAGAAAACAAACAAGUGCUUGUGAACAAGUCAAUGCCAACUGUGACCCAGACUCCUCUGGAAGGAAGUAAUGUUCCUCAACAGCCACAGUAUAAAGAUGUACCAGUAACAUACAAAGGUGCAACUGAUUCAUAUAUUGAGAAAGUAAUGAUCUCUUCAAAUGCAGAGGAUGCUUUUUUGAUCAAAAUGUUGUUGAGACAAACUAGACGUCCAGAAAUUGGAGAUAAAUUUAGCAGUCGUCAUGGACAAAAAGGGGUAUGUGGGCUGAUAGUACCUCAGGAGGACAUGCCAUUUUGUGAUACAGGAAUUUGUCCAGAUAUCAUUAUGAAUCCUCACGGCUUCCCAUCGCGUAUGACGGUGGGAAAGUUAAUUGAGCUCUUGGCAGGGAAAGCUGGUGUCCUAGAUGGCAGAUUUCACUAUGGAACAGCUUUUGGAGGUAGCAAAGUUAAGGACGUGUGUGAAGAUCUCAUUCACCAUGGGUAUAACUACUUAGGGAAGGACUACGUAACAUCUGGCAUCACUGGAGAACCCUUGGAAGCAUAUAUCUAUUUUGGUCCUGUGUAUUAUCAGAAACUAAAGCAUAUGGUGUUGGAUAAGAUGCAUGCCAGAGCUCGAGGCCCUAGAGCUGUCCUUACCAGGCAACCCACUGAAGGUCGAUCGCGUGAUGGUGGUUUACGUCUUGGAGAAAUGGAACGAGAUUGUUUAAUAGGUUAUGGAGCCAGCAUGCUUUUGCUGGAGAGACUGAUGAUUUCAAGUGAUGCCUUUGAAGUGGAUGUCUGUGGACAGUGUGGCUUGCUGGGAUAUUCUGGCUGGUGCCAUUACUGCAAGUCGUCUUGCCACGUGUCAUCCCUGCGCAUUCCAUAUGCCUGUAAACUGUUAUUCCAAGAACUCCAGUCGAUGAACAUUAUACCCAGGCUAAAAUUGGCCAAGUACAAUGAAUGAGCCAGCAAAACAAAGACUUAAGAAGAAAUUUUAAAAAAUGUGCAGAACUGGAAGGAAUUUCUGUGAAAAGGAGUGACUGUUAAAACUGAGGGGAUGGGGGAGGGAGGGAAGAGUACUGAUGAAUUCCUUAUUAUUUUCCCUCUGCUGUUUUCAGUUGAUUGGGAGACUGUGCUGCAGAGAACAUCAAGAGCAAUUGGUGGAGACUCAGGCAGCCUGGCUGAAUCAGAUGUGUAGCAAUUGUGUAAUAAGGCCCUGAUCCAGCAAAGCACACGUAACUUUUAAGCAUGUGGUAGUCAUGCAUUCAGGAUGCAAGUGCUUCUUUGGAUCAGGGCUUAAGUUUUAUUAACUACAGUGGUUUAUCCAUAUUACUUAAGUAUUCAUUUAAUUUUUCCAGACAGACAGUGUAUGAAAGACUAAUAAAAAAAUUUUUGAGUAUA